AUGGAUUUUGACCAAUUCUUGAAUUUAUGUGGCGGAUCGUUCUUCCCGGAAGAGUACCGGGGCGAUCUGGAUGCUGCCUGGCAGGAACUGCAGCGAAGUCGUCCCGAUGAUUCCGCGGCCGAACCGGAGGUGAAGGCAGAGUACCUCCGCAAUUUCGCGGUUCAUUCCAUCAUCACCGGUAAUUUGGCAGAAGCAUAUAGGAACUUGGAAAAUUUGUAUGCUUUGCUCGACACUCUGCCGGCAGAAUGGGGCUUGCGAUAUACCAUCUACAUGCUGUUGGUGGAUUAUACACGCCAAUACCCGCCAACCCUCCGAUUCUACCACGAGAGAGGAAAACCCAUGAACACCGCCAUGCUCAGCGAUAUCUCGGGUCCUAACGAAAUGAGCUCCAGGUUCAUGCAGAGAGUUCAGACGUAUUUCGAAACCGGCUCGAUUCGCGAUAAGGGCUUAUGUCAGAUUCUGUGCGCGAUCAUGUGGUUCCCCAUGCUGGCGAGAAAGCUGAAUGCUGAGCUCGAUCCUCUAUUUCCCGGUGGCUUUUUCCAUACUACAAGCGCAGAUCCGGAAGCUAUAAUUGCACAGCAUGCUGCCAGCUUGAUUAAAUAUCGGGAAAGCGCUGAACAGGUCGGCGAGACGCGGAUAGCAGCUUAUCUCUCUCGGUUGCUUGUGGAAUUCCGCAUCGCGUCUCAAUCGUCGGACUGGAUGACAGCGCUGGACGACUUGUAUGAAAUCUAUGACCAUCUGGAGGAUUUUGCGGGAAUGGCCAACUGUCAAAUGAUGAAAGGAGAUGGUCUCCUAGGUCCAUCGUUCACUAGUCCCCUGGCAUUGAAUCUGAUUCUCGUUGACGCCACCUCGGCCAUCGGAGAGGACUCUCUCUGGGACCCCAUUGAGAUCGAGUUGAAGGAUCAGUACUCCUCUCAAGUAAAGGAAUGUUAUGAAACAGCUUUAGAGUUGUUCGAGAAAGACAACUGUAGGAGAGGUCAAGCAGCGGUUCUGCUUCGGCAGGCGUGCUGCCUUCAUAACGCGGCGCGGCGACUUAAACCGACUGAUUUGGCUCGAUUCACCUUCAUAUCCGAUGCCCGUGCAAUAUUGGAACAGUCAAAAGACCUCUUCGGUGGAGAUGAAGUGAAUUGCCAAAUUGUAACGGCCCACCAGGUCCUGCUCGAUAUCACCAGGGGAGAUAACCGGAAUGUCAAAAGGACUGCAAGGUGCAUCGGAACAUGGGCAGCGCUAGCAAAGAACCAGUCUGUCGGCCACUGUCUUGGACUUCUCAUAUCCCGCUUCGCUCGCCAGGAAUGGUGCACGUUCGCCAGAAUGGAUAAUGCUCUAGUGGCAUGGGAAUGUGCCUAUGAAAUUUUUGACAGUAUUGAUGAUGUCCUGCCCAUGUUUCAGUCGGUCGUCUCUCGCGCUUGGGUACAAAGCGAGAUGUUCAACUUGGCCGCGCUCAAAAUCAUGGUGGACAAGGCCGUAGGAAUGGUUGACAGAGUUCGUGAAUAUUACGACGCCGUGGCCGGGAGUACCCCGAACACCGAUUUGGGAGAGGCAGAUCGAAUCAUCGUUCAGACCAGCAAAUUCAACACCCUUUCAAGCUUCGGGGCAAAGGUAAGUACAAUGUACAUGCGUCUCGAAGAUCCGCAGCUGGCGCACGAGUGGCAGUCGAAGUUUGCAGGAAUAAUGGAGAAUGAUGAAAGCUUUCGAGAAAUGAGAGAGCGAAUGGAAGAAAGAUUGGAUUUUGAUAGCGUUUCCCCUCCGUUAUCCUUCUCUAGAACAAGAUUGAAAGGUUUGUGGCAAAGUAGGGUCGUAGCUGAUGCUAUGGCUGCCAAGUUUCGCGACGCGAAAUUCGAUUUUCAACAAUGGUUGGACAAAGGCGACAUCGAGAGGGCCGAAGAAGUAUACCGUCGCUUCAUGGAGGAGACAGAGAACUUGGAGUCAUCUUAUGUCCGGGAUGCCUAUCGUCUUCUCUUGUGCAGGUUCGCUGGAGAUCAGACAUCGGCACGGAUGAUUCUCGAUAGCAUGGACGAUAAUGCACUCUUUCAAGGCAACCUGGAAGAUUAUCAGCAGGGCAUCGAAGUCAAAUCUACCUUCCCCGGAGUGGCAGACAACGCGCUGAUGUUCUGUCUGCUGUCCCGGGACGAAGAGAGGGCCUAUCACGUUGUUCGAAUCAUUCAGCAAAUUGCUCCGGCUUUCUACGACACCAUGGAUGAUAAUAUCGUUGACUUCUCCUUUCGGCUGAGCUACUAUGGCGCGACCAUGCUGUAUAAUGGUCACCCUGAGGUCGCCUUUCGCCGUUUGCUCGAAGCCCGUCAGCUGAUUGAACUUCGGCGCCAACAGACUACGGAUGUCGACGCUCGAACUGGGACAUUGACUCCAUGGAUGGGUGAGGUAUACCUCAAUCUUGCACGAGCUUGCCUCAAGUGCGCCGAUGCAAGUGUCCCAUUAUCCGUGCUGCAAGGGCAUGAACAUGGCCAUCCGGAUGACAUAUCGUGGGAGGAACAUGCCCUACUGUUUGUAGAAGAAAGCAGAGCCCGUGCCGUGCUUGAAGCGCUAAGGACGCAGUUUGCUCAUGACCGAGAUGAACAUAAUCCAUCAGCUACGCUGUCAGAACUGAUUCACAAACGCAGGCUACUCAGGACCCUACUCGCUUUGAGGCACCCAACACCUGAGCAGGAAGAGGAGAUAGGUGACCUUCGGAGCCAGAUUAGCCACAUGGAAGCUAGUGAAGUUUCUUCAACCGCCAGCGCUUUCAUUGAUAUGGCGAAUUCGAUUGCAACGCCGGAAUUACUGUAUAAAAGCAUUGACGAUGACGCAGUAGUGAUAGAAGCAACAUUCGGCUAUCAGGGCUUCAUUGCCUUUGCCGUCACCAGCGAUGGAAUUCAGGACAUAUACCAAGAUUGCACCCGCAGCGUCGACAUCCGGAAGCCUGUAAUGCAGAUGAUGAAGGUCAUGACAGAAAUGACGGGAUAUUUGGGGGUUCAAGAGGAGCAGAGGAAGAAGAUGUUCAAUGAAUUUGCCCAGCCAAUCUCCACACUGCUGGUCGGACCGUUCAGAGAAACGAUCAAGCAGAAGAAGCAUGUUAUCUUCUCUACCUCUGAUCCUUUGACCGCAUUUCCCUUCUCAGCGCUUGUUUUGGAGGGUCAGCCCCUCAUAGCACGCUUCGGAGUGUCGCAAUUCCCUAGCCUCACGGUCAUACAUCACGUUUCUCAGCGCGAGUCUCCAUCGGCCGCUCCAACCGUGUCGAUCUUUGCUCGGUCCCCUUCUGCGGAGUCAUCCAGUACCAUGAGAGGCAAGCAAGAUGCUAACCUGCACUUGGCAGGGAUUGAAGCGGUGAAUAUUGCGAGAAUAUUCUCAACGUGGCCUGUUGAUGCAACGAAUGUGACGCGAGCCGAAUUCCGCAAGUAUGUCGAGGGCAACUCCUCCAUCCUCCAUAUUGGCACUCAUGGUGACGUCGACUAUCGCAACCCUCUUCUCUCGUCUAUUUCGAUUGGGGAAGACUUUCGCGUUCUUGACAUGUCCACAAUCAAGACCAACGUCAAUCUUCUCGUCUUCGCGGCGUGUCUUAGCGGUCUGGGUCGAGCGACCACCGGCAGCGAGGUUCUGGGAUUCUCUCACGUCGUCCUUGGUAGCGGUUGCCAGGCGUAUAUCGGGACCCUGCGUAAAGUCAGCGAUUUUGCCUCGAUGAUGCUCAUGACGUUGUUUUAUCGGACGCUGAAAAAAGCACCUUCGAUGCCACUGGCGUAUGUACUUCGACAGGCGCAGAUAGAAAUAAGCCAGUUUGACAGCGAGCGCGCGGCCCAUUACCUCGAUCAGUUGAUGCAGACAUCACCUUCAAACGACGGUGACUCUCGGGGCCCAAAGGACUUUGUGCCAGAUGCGGAGUUUAUGGUCUGGACGACAAAGAUGAUUUUGGAUCAGCUGGAUUGGUCCAGUCCGUUCUUCUGGGCGCCUUUUGUGCUUAUGGGAUACGGCAGCUUCCGAUUUGCGACGCAAUAG